AUGCUCAAGAACAGGAAGGCCACAUUAGACUUUGCCAGAAAUCCUCUAAAUGAGCUGGCUCAGACAAAAAAGGGCAACAAACUUGAAGCACUUAAAAAGAAGCAGGAGCAAGAGGAGGAAAGGAUGAGGAAAAUGGAAGAGGAGAAGAAGAGGAAACAGGAACUUAAAAGGAAGAGGGAUGAGAGGUUAAGAAGAGUCUUUGAGGCCAAAGGAAAAGAGGAGCAGAGGGAGGAAGAGAAGAAGAAAAAGACUGAUGAGAAAAAUGAUAAGGUAUUCAUGCAGCGCAUGGCGGAGGAGAAGGCCAAGAAGAAAGCGGCCCUGAAGCGUCAACAGGAGCUAGAACAGAAGAGGAAAAUGGAAGAGGAGGCCAGAAAGAAGAAAAUUCAGCAGGAGGAAGAAAAGCGGCAGCAAGAGUUGCUGGCCAAGAAGAAGGCUGAGGAAGAGGCUCGUAAAGCACUCAAGCGGAAGAGGGAGCAGGAACACGAGAGGGAAAGGGGGCUGGAGAGGAAACGGCAAGCUGCUGCUGAAAGAGAGCGAGUGGAAAAAGAAAAAGCUCUCGCUCUGCAGCGUGAAGUGGAGAGAGCAGCGAGAGAGAAAGAGAUGAGGGAACUCGAGGAAAAAGGAAAACUGGAAAGGAUGAGGAAAAUGGAAGAGGAGAAGAAGAGGAAACAGGAGGAACUCCUGAAGCGUCAACAGGAGCUAGAACAGAAGAGGAAAAUGGAAGAGGAGGCCAGAAAGAAGAAGAUUCAGCAGGAGGAGCAGCAAAGGCUGGCAGCAAAAGAGAAAGCUGCUAAAGAGCUGGAAGCUGCUAAGCAGAGGGACGCUGCUGCUCAAGAGGCUGCUAAAACACAGCCCUCAGUAAUGAGCACGCCUGUAGGAAAAGGUUGUGAUCUCAACGUGACUGUGGAUAUUGAGCACUCCUCACCACAGUUACAUGCCAUCACGCCAAGGGGUGCAGAUAAACCUUUGAUUUUGUCCAAAAAUCCAGAAGACUAUGGGAUGGACCAAAACAGUGAUGACUCUACUGAUGACGAGUCUGCACCAAGGAAGCCUAUUCCAUCCUGGGCAGAAGGUCCCAAUCUGGAGCAGAUAAUAAAUAAGCAAUACUAUAACCCUCCUGAUUUGGACUCUUUCUUUGGACCAAUCGAGCCACCACGACUGGAAAACAUCUUUUACAAGAGCAAUCCCGGAUAUUUUAAACGUACCAGCUCUGCGCUGUGGGACUCGCCUCCAGCUGCAGAGUAA